AUGCUGUCUGUUUUUUGCAAGCCGAGGGAGUUGCCCGGCAGUCCGCUGAGCCCAGUAGGGGCCAAGCGCCGGCUGCUGGAGCACUCCAGCCUGAUCCCGGAGGAGGAGGAAUAUCUGCAGCAAGUGCUGGACAGCCUGUACACCUCGCUGCCGGGGCGCCAGCACGCCUACGUCACGGAGCACUACUUGGGCGGCGGCGCCAACGCCAUUGCCUACAUCGAGUCGCUGACCCAGGGCAUGGCCAGCGACGGAGACGUGUCCGUCUUCUUCAAGGGAACCCUGGAAGACAACCCUGAGGAGUUGGAGGACGCGCAGUUCAUUCUGCAGGAGUACAAGCGCUGCUUCGACGUCGGCCCUGGCGGCGGCGGCGAAACGCCGGUGAUGGACGUCCUGGCGCAGCUGCGCGGCCCCUGGGCGUUUGUGGUGUACGACCGCAGCCACGGCCGCAUUGUGGCGGCACGGGACGCUGCCGGGGAGGAGCCCUUGUGCUGGGGCACCACGCUGCUCAGCGAGGGCGUGCUCUUCUCGAGCGACAAGGCGCUGCUGGAGGGCGAGUGCGCAGAUGCAGAUGACUUUCCUCCCGGGGCCAUCUAUGUUUCGGAAGACUUCUCCACUGUGGGCCAGAUCACCUCGUAUGCAGCGGACAGCGCGGCAGCCGCUGCGGCGGCGCAGCAGGAGGCGCUGUGCCGGGUUGAGUCCAGCAGCGACCUGCGCAAGGUGCCCAGCGUUGGCCAGAUCGAGGCCAACUGA